AUGCCACUGGUGGGAACCGGCAGCUCCCCAGCAGGGGCUUGGGGCAGGGGACCUGUGCAGCCUGGGGGUGGCUGCCAUGGAGCAAAGGCCACAGCAGCCCCUACUCCUCCGGUUCCAAUGGCUCACCAGGAAAAAGCAGAGAACUUGCCUCCAGAUGUGGAUCUGCCUUCUUGCCCUCCCCCCACCCCUGCCCCCAGGAUCAGUGAAGUGGAACCCAAAUACUACGAGGAUGGGGAAGACGCUUAUGCAAUGAAGCAGGAUCUCACCCAGAUGGCGGAUGAGCUGAGGCGGCAGCUGGAGCUGAAGGAGAAGGGCAGGCAUGUGGUGCUGGGUUCCAUCGAGAACAAGGUGGAGACCAAAGGCACUUCACUUGCAAGUUCGGGGGAGGCCUGUCGGGAGGAGAAGGGCCUGGUGGCUGAGGACAGUGGUGGUGACAGCAAGGACCUCAGCGAGGUCAGCGAGAGCACCGACGUCAAGGACAGCUCAGAGGCCUCCGACUCGGCCUCCUAG